UGCUUUUCCCGCCAAACGUGGUUCUUACGUGAAACAAGCCAGUUGAUGCGAAGUGUUAUUAAAAGUUAGUUUAAACUGAGCGUAUAAUUUAGUGUCAGGUGUUUUGAGAUCUCUUGAUUGAAAACUGUUAUUAAAAUGGCGUCGUGUAAUCGAAAAAAUGAGAAGCGACGAAUAUUUAGUGAAUUGAGGAGACAGCAAGAAGACGUUAUAGGAAGCUUAUGCAGACUUGGAAGUAGGCCCGUUUCACCUAAGACACAGAUGGAACAGGAGAAGCGAAUCCGCCGAGAAAUAGCUAACAGCAACGAAAGACGGCGGAUGCAAAGCAUAAAUGCUGGUUUUCAGUCGCUCCGCACCUUGUUGCCACAACACGAGGGUGAGAAGCUCAGCAAGGCUGCCAUAUUGCAACAGACAACUGAAUACAUCUAUCAGUUAGAGCAGGAAAAAGCCAGACUGUUGGCUCAGAAUUGCCAACUGAAGAGGCUGCUCAAUUCUCAGAUGCAUAUGGAUAGUGAUGGAAGCAACCCUGAAUCUCCACUACCUAAACGCAAGAAAACUGAAACAGUAGAAUCUUCAGAUGAAGGGAUUGGCAGCAUGAGUCCUAUAGGUGAUACUGAAUAUACAUCAGAAGAGAUGAAAAAAGAAAUGAUUGACCUGCAAAUUCAAUCAGACAAGGAACACAAGAUGCAAGUAUUGCUCAAAGAACAAACUCAAAGCUUUGAAACCCUGGUCAAGUACAAAGAACAAUCCCACAAAAUUCAUCAGAGGAUUUCAGUGCAGACCUACCACCUCUGCAGCAAAAGCAGUUCCCUAACUUCUGGGCUACAGAAAACUGAAAAUGUGUUUGCUCCUUCUCCAAGAAGUCCAACUCAUCAUGUGGACAAUUCGGAAGAUUUCCCUGAAGAGAACUUGCCUAUAUUCACCUCUCGUUCCAUUAACAUAGAAACAUGUUCAUCACAGUUGCACAUCUUGGACUCUUUUGGUCAGACUUCACAAACUACUACCACUGAAGUUUGUGGUUCCUCUCUAAAACCAUCUAGGACUGGAGAAAGUGUUCACUGCAUCACAUCACCUCACACUUAUCAAGUAAGCAGCACUUCUCGCCAAAACCUGGAAACAAUUGUGGAAGCAAUUCGCCACCUAGAAGGUGACCACAUGUUCCGAGAUGAUCCAGAGCCACCAAGGAAACCACAGUCAGAAAGGAGAGUAUCAGAUGAUAUUUCUUCUCAUGAACCUGUUUUUAAUUUCGUAUCACAGAAAACUAGCAACAUUUCUAUUGAUCAACAAAUCAUUCAUGAUUCUUCUCUGAAACAGUCUCGUCCUGGUGUCAUUGUUAGCAACCACACAUAGUUAUAGUUUUAUGUUACAGGUUUGUCAGUUUUUGAGACUUUGUUUCAUCACUUAUGUUGUAGUAAUAUGUUUCAUAUGUAUAGUAACCCAACAUAAAAGAAGUUGGUUUAACUUUUGGUGCCUUUUGCAUGAAAAUAUACUGAUUUCAUAAACAGCAUUUGUAUUAUAUUACUCACUAAUUCAUUUGUGCAUUAUUGCUAAGAAAAGACUUUUUUCAUUGGAACAUAAUACAUUAAUAAAAAAAUAACACUAUUAAACUCCUUUUGUUAUUUUUAUUUUUUUUGUAUAGAAUGUUAUUCAUGCAGUGUUAACAAAAAUUGUAGUGAAUAAAAGAUUUACCAGUCACUGUGUUUGUCUGUUUUAAAACUACACUACAUUCUCUAAGUUGUUAAGUUUAGAAAGGAAUAUUUCUGUCAUGCUAGUACUUCAUGAAACACUUUGAAUAUAACAAAAAGAAAGUUUCUAAAUUUUAAGUAAAACAUUUAAUAAAAUCAAAACAACUGAAAUGGGAUAUGGUAAAAAAAACAAGAAUUAACAAUGUGGUUGGUUGAUGUUAAUAAAACGUUGAACCUUGUGUUACUGUUUGUUUUAUGAACAUACUCUAUUUCAGUUGUUUUGAUUUUACUUCUGAUUUA